CUGCUGUGGUUAUUAGUAUUUAAUAUUCUGGUUAUGUUUUACAAUUAAGAGAUUAUUUUCUCAUGCAUAUGUGCCUGUGACUUUUGUGCAUGGUAAAACAUGGCAUAACUCCAUGCGUUUGCCUUUCGUUUGAAAUUUUAUCAAAGGCGCUCGUGUUGUGAAGAGCGUGCUAUCCAGUGCCCAGUUAUCGUGAAACGGAAAGUCGACAAAUCCAUUGGAAGCUGUCAUCAAUAAUACAUUCUUUUCGUUGAACGGGGUCUGCAUUAAUAUGGAAACAUAAGUUUCAGAUGUUCAGUGACAGCUAAGAUGUGCUUUAUCAAGCCAAAGAUGGCAGGUGUGCAGAAAGCUUUUGUGAUAUGUUUCAGUUUUGUCCUCAUAAAGACAGUUGUCUGUGAUCAGAUAAAUGUUCAAGUUGAACAUACAGACCCUUCAGACAAACAGACUGAUAGCAAUACGGACCGUGUAAUACAGAGAGACUCGGAAGAUGUGUAUUAUUCUAGUUCUAUAAACCAAGAGGAAUCAGACUCCAACAGAAAGACGGACUCUUACAUAAAAGGUAACGUAAACUAUGUUUCUCAAGAAAAAUUACAUGAUAUAAAACAAGAGACUGACUCUUCUGCCCCUGGUGGUGGAAACUAUCCAACCUCUCCUGAUGUUCAAACCUUUUCUCAGUUAGAAAACCACCCUCCAUCUGAGUCCAUGCAGCAACCUCCUUCUGACUCACAGUAUCAACUGCUUUCUGACUCACAUCAGCCUCUCUCUGAAUCCCACCGGCAGCCUCUGUCUGAAUCCCAUCAGCAGCCUCCCUCUGAUGUCAACAGCCAGAAAUCCUCAAACUUCCCUAACCAGCCUUCGUCAGAUACAACUAACCAGGUUUCUCCAGAAUCUCAAAAACAGCAAGCACAACUGCCUCAAUACCAACUCCCUCCUGAAUCUAUGGCUGCUAGUAAUCCACGUUUACACAGUGAACAGAAUGUGCCUAAAUUUCAAAAUCAGGAUGCUCAUAUUGAGGACGUGUCGAAUCCUCAGGCUAGCCCCGUGCCUGACCAUCAGGCGUCACAAGCAUCACAUCGUCAAGAUGCCCAUGAUGCUCAGGAGGACCCCAUCAGGCAGCCUCCUCAAUCUAAAGGUGGAGCGAGGGAGAAGAACAGAGGUGAAGAGUCGCCUCUCUUAGGCAAGCUUACUCCCCCAGCGGACGAUUCCCCAUUUCUGCUUGAUCAGCCGAGUCUUAAAGCUGCAUCAGGUAAGGAUCAGCAAAGCCAAGGUGUGCACAGUAGUGGGAACCCACAGAGGCAGUCUGAGCCUAGGGAGAGUGGCUUAGGACAAUCUUCAUUCAUGGACGUUCAGCUGAAGGGAGAAGUGAAGGAGGGCAAGGGUUCACCAUACAACUCUGUCAGUGAGAAGAAAAGUGAGGAAAACUACCAACAUGAAAAGAAGAAGGAAGAGUUUACCUCAGCGCAUCGGAUACCUGAUAACGUAGCUAAAUCAGAACAUCAGAUCCCUGAUAAUGUGGCUACAUCAGCACAUCGGAUCCCUGAUAACGUAGCUAAAUCAGGACAUCAGAUCCCUGAUAACAUAGCUACAUCAGCACAUCAGAUCCCUGAUAAUGUAGCUAAAUCAGAACAUCAAAUCCCUGAUAAUGUGGCUACAUCAGCACAUCACAUCCCUGAUAACAUUGCCACAUCAGCACAUCGGAUCCCUGAUAAUGUAGCUACAUCAGACAUGGCAACAGAAAAGGGCGAUGACUUCAUCGACUUUGAUCCAGAUGAGGUGAAUGCUCUUUUAAGUGCCUUACCUGAACCUUUUGACAGGUCAGAGCUGGACAUGGAUGCAGUGUCUGAGAUCUACGUAGUGUACACUGGAAACGUCAAGGAGACGUCACUGCUAUACAAGCCUGAUCAGUAUGGCUACGUCCGUCUGCUCAAAUACUUACAGACAGUGGCAGCGGAUGGCACAGUGGCGACCACAACAGAGGAGCUGUAUGAACACCUGCCGGAGCUUGUGCUUAACCCUGACUCCCAUGACACUCAGAAGGCCAGGCAGGCUAAUGAGGCUGAGCAGUACUCUGAAUCCAUCACUUACCUUGAUAAAGCUGAUAAUGUUCCUGUUUUGCAUGCAGAUUUCAGCAAGGCUCAAAGUGCUGGGACAAGACAGGAUGAAGGCACGACAGAUGAAGACACUGGUAAUGAGGACAACCCAGAGAUUGUACCUAAGACAGAAGAGGAAAUUUUAGCCCAGAAGCUUUUUGAACAGGGGGAGUUACUGAUCAACAGUACCUACAACAAAGACUAUGCUGGGGCGUACCAGUAUUUUGAGCAGGCUGCCAUGUAUAACCAUUCAGAGGCCCAGGCUCACCUAGCCUUUGGCUAUUUCCUGGGGGACUACCUCCCGCAGAAUAUCUCCAGGGCGCGGGAAAUGUUUGAGGACUUGUCACAGAGGGGCUCCCCCAAAGGCCAACUGGGCAUGGCACUUCUGUAUGCCACAGGUAUUGGUGUCAACUCCAGUCAGGCUAGGUCGCUGAUUUACUUCACGUUCUCGGCUCUCGGGGGAGAACCUUUGGCUCAGAUGGCUCUGGGUUUUCGCUACUGGUCUGGUAUUGGUGUAGAGACAAAGUGUGAGACAGCUCUGACAUACUACAGAAAAGUGGCCAGUCGAGUUGCCGAUGAGGUGUCUCUGUCGGGUGGUCCGAUCAUCCAGAGGAUCCGACUGCAGGAUGAGCAGGAGAGUCAGAACCAGAACACAGGCCUGCUGGAUGAUGACCUGCUCCAGUACUACCACUUCCUGGCUGACAAGGGUGAUGUCCAGGCUCAGGUCGUGGUGGGUCAGCUGUAUUUCCAAGGUGGCCGUGGAGUUAACAUUAACCACGAGAUGGCCCUUCAUUAUUUCCUGAUGGCAGCAGAGUCAGGAAAUGCUAAUGCCUUGGCCUAUCUGGGAAAGAUGUAUGCUGAAGGCAGCCCGGCUGUGAAAGCAAACAACAUGACAGCUUUUAACUAUUUUAAAAAAUCUGCUGACAAGAAUAAUCCCGUUGGACAGAGUGGUUUGGGAACUAUGUACUUAUAUGGAAAAGGUGUUGAUAAGGAAUACAACAAAGCCUUUAAGUAUUUCAGCCUGGCAGCUGAUCAAGGCUGGGUGGAUGGCCAGCUACAGCUUGGGAUUAUGUACUUCAAUGGAAUGGGUGUGAGGAGAGAUUACAAAAUGGCGGUGAAGUACUUUAACUUGGCGUCCCAGCUGGGUCAUGUUUUAGCCUUCUUCAACCUGGCUCAGAUGCAUGCCACAGGCACAGGUGUCCCCCAGUCCUGCCACACUGCUGUAGAGCUGUUUAAGAACGUGGCGGAGCGAGGAAGGUGGGCAGACAUGGUAAUGGCGGCGCACUCGCUGUACAAAGAGGGUAAUGUGGACAGCGCUGUUCUGAAGUACAUUGUGCUGGCAGAGCUAGGCUAUGAAGUAGCUCAGUCAAACGUGGCCUACAUCCUAGACCAGGGUGAGAGUUUCUUGUUUGACAGUGACGGCAUGUACAAGAGAGCCUUGUUACAGUGGAGCAGGGCAGCAGCACAAGGUUAUCCGAUUGCACGUGUGAAGAUUGGAGACUAUCACUAUUACGGCCGUGGUACAGAAGUGGAUUAUGAGAUGGCCGCCACACACUACAGGCUGGCGUCAGAACAACAGCACAACGCUCAGGCCAUGUUUAACCUGGGGUACAUGCACGAGAGAGGCCUGGGCUUGAAACAGGAUGUGCACCUGGCUAAGAGGUUUUAUGACAUGGCUGCGGAUACAAGUGUGGACGCUCAAGUCCCUGUCACACUGGCCCUCAUCAAGCUUGGCCUUGUCUAUGGAAUGGACCUCUUCAAAAAAGAGAUUGAUGGUUAUCAGCGGAUGCUCUACCGCCUGGACCCUCGCUUGUACGUGGGACCUGACUGGGACCUCUACCUACUGACUGCUCUUGCCAUGAUUCUAGCCCUGGUUGUUUUAUGGAGGAGACAGAGAUAGUAUACCCUAACUUAUGAAAUCAAAUCCACAAAAAUUUACCCUCACAUUUCAUGUAAAUAACAUUUGUACAGCCAUUUCGGGGAUGGGGGCUGGUAAAACACUGAAUAUUUGAAGUUCAUUUUCAUUAUACUAUUAUAGAUGUCAGAAGAUGAAGUUUCAUCAUCUUCAUGAACCUUUGAUUGAAGUCUGUUGAUUAAAACUCCAAGGAUUCCUACUCAGGCACUUCAGAAUGGGAAGCUGAUGGUGGUUACAUUACUUGCCUUUUUAGUGAGUUGUAUGUAAGUUUCGACACCUAAUCUUCUGUGCUCUGAUAGUGUGGCAUUUCAGUCUUUGGUGAAAUGUGAAAAUUUGUACUGAAUGAUCAAAUACUUGUUAUACUACAGUGUAGUUGUCAGCAUUAAUCUCCAGUAUGGUACUGAUAUUUUUGUUCUGUUCAUUUUAUUCAAAUAGAUGUUGA